AUGGCGGAGAAAUCGCCGCCACCGAAGUCCUCCGCAGCGGCGGGGGAUCAGCCGCCGCCGAAGCCCCACCACGUCGUUAAGAGGAUGCCCAGCGCAGGGCUGCGGGCUGGCUACGUCCUCAAGCACAAGACGGAGAACAUGAAGGACAUUUACAGCCUGGGGAAGAAGCUCGGGCAGGGGCAGUUCGGUACGACGCACUUCUGCGUGGAGAAGGCCACGGGUAACGAGUUCGCCUGCAAGUCCAUCGCCAAGCGGAAGCUCACGACGCAGGAGGAUGUGGAGGAUGUGCGACGGGAGAUCCAGAUAAUGCACCACCUCGCCGGCCACCCCAACGUCAUCUCCAUCGUCGGCGCCUACGAGGACGCUGUCGCUGUGCAUCUGGUGAUGGAAUUAUGCGCCGGAGGGGAACUGUUUGACCGGAUCAUUCAGAGGGGUCAUUACACGGAGAGGAAGGCGGCAGAGCUCGCCCGAAUUAUCGUCGGUGUCGUGGAGGCUUGCCAUUCUAUGGGUGUUAUGCACCGGGACCUGAAGCCGGAGAAUUUCCUUUUCGUUGACCAGAAGGAGGAAUCGCCUCUCAAGACCAUUGACUUCGGGCUUUCCAUGUUCUUCAAGCCAGGUAGAACACAAUGCGGACCUUUACUAAUUUCAUCUUGCUGUCGGAUUGUCCAUGCUCUUCCGCUCAAUCUGGUUUCUUUGGGGAUUCGGGUUGAUGCUUCUGGUUAGAUUGGCCCGGAAGAGUUCAGCUUUUGGGUCCUUUCCUUGACAGAAUUUCAAAAUUAUAUAGUUUGUCAUUGGAUGAGUUGAUUUCCACGAGGGCGGUGGUCGCCUUCUUGGAGUUUCAUCACUCCCACCCUGCUGUCAGGUUUGGGUAGCUGCGACGAAUAUUAGGCAACUGAGAAGAAUAGGCCUAGGAAAAUGAAGAUGGAACUGCCAAGAACAGGAACUGGAGGGCAGAGAUGCGCAAUCAACUACCAUAAAGAAGCCUGAAACUCCUACAGUAGCACAAGCGAAGUCUCUUGGGUUGUUUAAUGAUGGAAGAUCAAUAAUUUAAAGAAGAAAUUCCUCAACAUCCAUGAAGGCAAUAAUUGAAGCCAUAUGUUCACACAACAGCUUUGCACAGGUCUUUAGAAUUGUAGUGCUAGUCAUCUUGAUCACCUGGAAUGUAGCUAUCCUACACAGUGCAAAAUUAUUAGGCGAAGAAGCAUUUUUAAUAGAUUUCCUGUUUCCACUGGUGUCAUGUGUUAAUGUGCUAUUUCAUUAUCUGCCAGAGUCUACAUUCUUCAUGAUGACAUUUGCUUAUUAAAUCUUAUUUUUCUCUCCAGGUUCUAAGCGAAUGUUGGGAUGUUUUGAUUUUCAAACUAAAAUUUGGCAUUCUCUGUUUUUUUCAAAAUAAAUCAUUUGAAAAUCUCUAUUCGGUAUUGUAAGGCAUUAAAAGUAAUCUAGUAUGUAUGAUGUAGGCUAUUGAUGAUCAUAGCUAUACUGAUAGUGGCUGGGUCUGAUGGUGGAUAUCGGCAUCCCCUUUUGGCAUAGCUGAUAUUGGUGUAUGGUUGGAUGCUUUUCGUCACUUUUAAUGUUUUUUAAUGAAUUUGCAUGAUCUAUGCAGCUGUUACGUUAUACUGCCUUUCUAAUAGUGGCUCUUCUCUAAGAUUCAGACCACCUGGUUUUGCCACCCUGCUCGUGGGAAUUAAAAAAAUAAAUGCUCAUUUCCUUGAAGAAUUAAAAAAUAAAUGCUCAUUUAAUUUGUAAUUUGGAAAUUAACUUUUAUGCAACCCUGAUCCAGUUUAUUGUCACGCCCCUGAUUCUUUGGCGUCUGUUUGUUGGGCACCAGCAUACACCAUCACUGACAAUUAUCUUCAGUUUUCUCAUCUAUUCUUUAUUUAAUAAUUUUGUUUCAUUUUUAUAGAUUUUUAGCCCUGUGGAGAGUUCACUCUCCAGUGUAAUUAGGUUCUACUUAAAGGGGUUUUUUUCCCUAUACGUCUGAACUGACCAAGAGUUAUUUUCUUCCAGGAGACAUAUUCACUGAUGUAGUUGGUAGCCCUUACUAUGUCGCACCUGAGGUUCUAAGGAAGCAUUAUGGCCCAGAGGUCGAUGUAUGGAGUGCUGGUGUGAUUAUUUAUAUUUUGUUAAGUGGGGUCCCCCCAUUUUGGGCUGGUAAUUGCCUCCUCUCUUCACGCUACCUGGUUUUAUUAUUUUAAUGUUGUUUAUCUCUGGAAACCAUAUAAUUCUCUGGCGCUUUCAUCCUCAUUGUGUCCAGAAUCUGAGCAAGAAAUAUUUGAUCAAGUUCUACAUGGUUCUCUUGACUUCGAGUCUGACCCGUGGCCGAGCAUAUCAGACAGUGCCAAAGAUCUAGUAAAGAGAAUGCUAGUCCGAGAUCCCAAGAAGCGGUUGACAGCACACGAAGUUCUGUGUGAGUUCUCAAUUUUUUUUCAUUUAUCCUUGUUAAAUGUAGAAUCACCAGGAAAUUCCAUUCUGAGGAUGUGUACAUUUAUUUUUCAAGUAAUAUCCAAGGGAAGAGUACAUCUUUUCUUAGCAUGGAUCUCUAAACUUGUUAAUAUGGCGUUCUUCGGUUCUUACUAUGUUUAUAUUUCUUUACAAUUGACUGAAAGGAGCUGCAAUGAUUUUUCUGUUUGGAUAUUGUUCUUAAGUUAAUGGUGCCAGUUGGUUCUAUGAAUGAACCCAACCCUUUGGAGCUAACAGGUUAUCAUUAUGCUCAUGAUUAAGAAUACUAAUAAGCAUUAAGUAACAUAUAUGCACGUCUUCUGUCAGGUCACCCAUGGGUUAAAGUCGAUGGCGUGGCCCCUGACAAGCCCCUUGACUCUGCAGUCCUGACACGGUUAAAACAAUUUUCUGCUAUGAAUAAGCUGAAGAAAAUAGCUUUGAGGGUAAGUUUCCUGAGACUGUUAAUUUAUCCCGUCCCAGGUUGAAGUUUGGGUAAUUUGUUGGUAUCUCUUCUUACUGGCUCAUAGGCCAGAAAAAAAUUAGUUUCUUUAUUAAUACAGCAGAAAUGAGACAACUAGUCCACCAGUUUUCACAUCAGCCAAUAGCUGCCAACAAUACAAGAUGGAAUAGCUGUCAACAGCCAUUUUUACUUCCCAUUUUGAUGGGUAUUAGAAAAGGGGCCCCAUCUACAUGCAUAUGCCAAGGGGAAAUAGGUGCCCUGAGAUUUGGGACUUUUUGAGCUGUACAGUAACAAAAAAAAUAACUAUGUACUCUGCCUCUUCUGUUCUUCCUUUCUCUGCUACAACAAUAUUUCGCCUUAUGUUCCAGUAAGCUCCCUCUGGUAAUAUUUCUUGAAAGGUGUGUUAAGAAGCAUCACUCGACUCUUAUUUGUUCACUCUUCUACCAGCACCAGCAUUCCGUGGCAUUGGCUGACCAAACAUUUGAUUCCUCUGUGUGUAGUGCCAUGAUUCGACGGCUUGAAUUUUGUAUGUUAUCAAACUCUUAGCAUUUAUAACUAGACACUUAGACGUGAUAGCACACAAAAACUGUAACUGAUUGAUUGUGGAUGGUAUUUUUGUUUUUCCUACUGGUAGUAUUAUGUUAUUCAAAUAAGAGAAACAAGGUCAUCCAUGUGACAAGACAAUAUCUUAAAAUGGAGAUGCAUAUGAUUAUUGUUGGAGGCUACAGGGCAGAUGAGGUGCUGAGAAUGGUAGGGUUGGGGUAGGGAGGGGUGGGGGUGGGGGUUCUUGGGAGGCUGAUUGCCCACUGCUGAUAUGAUUUACGAUGUAUGAUCACAGGUCUAGAGGCUCCCUAUUUUGUGUUGUUUUUGUCCCACAAAACAUUAAACUGGAUUGAAGUUGCGACAAUGACUCUGAUAAUAUUCUGCAUUUAUGUACAAAAAUUAUUUCUUGCAGGUAAUCGCAGAGAGCCUAUCUGAGGAUGAAAUUGCGGGCCUGAAAGAAAUGUUUAAGAUGAUAGAUACUGAUAACAGCGGCCAGAUCACAUAUGAAGAGCUCAAGACUGGAUUGGAGAGAGUAGGUGCUAAGCUGAAGGAAUCUGAAAUCUAUGCUCUGAUGCAAGCAGUAAGCGUUGUUUUCCCUUUACUUUUUUAUCUUUCUAGCCAUCCAUAAUAACCAUAUGCUUCUAUUCUCUCCAUAAAUCAUACAAGAUAUUUAAAAAAAAAAAAAACAGUAACUGGAAUGGACUCGUGUUAGGGCCCUGCCAUUUGACGAGUCGAGCAUAUGAAACAUGAGAGUUUUAUCGGAAAAAUACUACAUUUAGUGGACCUGCUCUGACUUUUGGGGAUUGAAACUGCAGGCAGAUAUUGACAACAACGGCAUGAUAGACUAUGGGGAGUUCAUAGCAGCAACCUUGCACCUGAACAAGGUCGAGAGGGAGGAUCAUCUCUAUGCGGCUUUCCAGUACUUUGACAAGGACGGGAGUGGGUACAUUACCCAGGAUGAGAUUCAGAAGGCCUGCGAGGAAUUCGGCAUUGAGGAUGUGAAGCUAGAAGACAUGAUUCAAGAUGUGGACCAGGAUAACGUAAGAGUCUCUAACCCUUCUCAGUAAAUUCCGUAGUUAAUUUCUAUUCUCACCAUCAAAAGAAUUUAUCUCAUACUUGAUAGUCACUCUAAUGAUUUCAUCAAUGUUCUUCUCACGCAACUGAGAAAUUAAAAAAAUUGAGGAUUUCAGAGUAAAAUUGCAAAUUUUGGUUCUCUAGAUAAACGGGCUUAUCUAGAGCUUAAAGCUGUCCUUAGGCUUGGAUUCAGUUUUGAUUGAGGACUGGAAUCUCAAGCAAGAGAGCACCUAGAACUCGCGAGUUUUAUCUAAUAGAAUAUUGCACGCUUAGUGGGCCUGCUUAAAUGAUGGAAUUGGAUAUAUGGACUUGCAGUAUCUAUUGUCAAGCAUAUGAACCCACGCUGGUCAGAAUUCCGCGGCUGGAGAUGAUCAAACUAAUUUCAUUUAUGUCUUCUGAUGUUCCCCCAGGAUGGACGCAUAGACUACAAUGAAUUCGUAGCGAUGAUGCAAAAAGGGAAUGCGGGCCUUGGGAAUAAGGGUUUGCAGAAUAAUUUCAGCGUCGGCUUCCGAGAGGCACUGAAAAUCGGGUGA